AUGGUGGUCGUGCCCGUGCCAAAGAAGACGCCUGCCAUCGUCCCCGCCGAUUGUCGUCCGAUUAGUUUGUUGUGCGCGGCGGCGAAACUUUUUGAAUACGUUGCACUGCGCCAGAUAAUGGAGUACAUAGAGCAUCACCAGAUCUUGGAUAAAUUUCAGUCGGGCUACAGAGGCAAUGAAGAGAGAGGACAUGUAACGCUGCUGAUAGUGAUAGAUCUGUCGCAUGCGUUUGCCCUGGUCAACACCCAGCUUCUGGUCAGCAAGCUAGUCAGUCUGGGCUUCUCUGACUCGGCGGCAUCCUGGAUUGCGUCUUAUCUGUCGGGUCGCACUCAGGUGAAUGACAUGUCGGGUGCCUUCCAUGGCUGCGACUACCACUCGUACGCGGAUGACACCUGUUUUCAGCUGCACGGCGAGGUAAGGCUCAAUGGACUCCAGAUCAAGGAGUUUAAAAUCCGAGCAAUGUGGUUGGGCACCCGAGGCCUAGAGCGACGAUUGAACGGAAUGGGACCUCUUCCCAUAAUCGAGAUCAACGGCACUGUCAUAGCGCCAACUGCAUCCCUCAGACUGCUUGGAGUGGAAUUUGACGGUACACUGACCUGGCGGCCACACUGCAUGGAAGUCUCCAGGAAAUGCUACUCCGGCUUGGCGCGACUCCGGCGUCUCGGCGAGGGUAUGCCGCGAGAUACUCGCCGCAUGCUGGUGCGCUCCCUUGUCUUUGCGCACAUCGAUUACUGUGCUGCGGUGCUCUACGAGCUCUCCGGUGAGAUGAUGGCAAGGAUGGGAAGGUGUGUCAACGCGGCGCUGAGAUUUGUGGACGGAUUACAAAAGUCCGACCAUAUCACACCGUCUUACCGGAGGUACAGCGUGCUUACCUACCUCAGCAGACAGCUCUACAUCAUGCUGAGCCUUGUCGCAAAUAUUUUAAGGACGGGUACACCUGAGAACCUAGCUGAGCGAGUCAGAUUCAGGGACGAGGAUCCACGGGCAAUCGGCACAAGGAGGGUCGGUACUUAUGAGCUGGAGGUGCCACGAGCCCGCCUCGACGUGUUUGGCUCGUCGUACAUGGUGGGUGCAGCGGUGGAGUGGAACAGACUGCUUGCAUCGACGAGAGCUGCCUACGCCACUACUAGUUUCAGAAGCAAACUUUUAAAAGUACUAAAAGUGAGAGACAUUAGACUGGAAAAUUAA